GUCAGAUCGGCGGUUAAAUGGUAAUUUCUCAAGAAGUGGCGCUUGUAAGGCAGGCGGAAAUUAAGUGAAGUAAAGAAAUUUAAAUUUUAAUACUAAAAUAUGCAUAAGUGAGCGCAUUUAACGGGAAAGUAAUUGCAAUGAAAGUAAUUUUUUUGCUGCUCGAAUGAUUUGCAUUGGCAGCAUGUGACUGCAAAGUGUGCGAAACUCGCUAAAACGGUUUAUUUGGCGAAGGUGAAAUGGAAAAGUAGAGAAAAAAUAAACAAUAAAAAUUUCGUUGAAAGCGAAAUGUCAACCGAAGUUAUUAAUAUAAUUUAUGCAUGAAAGCAAAAACCACAAAAGCAACAAAAACAACAAAAAAGCACCGAAGUUGAUAAAGAAGCGUGCAAAGUUGAGCGCUGCUGCCAAUCUCCAUUUAAUUUCGAACUACAAGCAAGCUUUGCUGCAAUUGUUUAAAUUUCUACGUCAAAAACACAAACAAAUUCCAUUUGCUGCCAUUUCGCUUUGUAACAUUGCUUCGUAGUUUCGCAGUUUCGACGAAAUCAAAACAACGCGGCGAACUUUAUUGCUCGAAUUGAUUGACCAUUUCCUCCGCAUAAUUUUUUUCAAAUAUUUAUUGUUGUUGUAUGCGCAAGUUUUGCAAACAAAUUAGCCGCUUGAUCGACAGUUGGGCGCUGGUGCUUACAGCGAGAUUCUCCGCGUGUGCUUGUGUAUGUGUAUGUCAAUAAGCGACUCAAGCGUUAACAAAAACAAAGGCUGACGGCCAUUAGUCAGCGCGCGCUUCUAAGAAGCACAACAACAGCAACAAUAUAGAACAAUAAUAAGCAAACGUGAACGCGACAGACUGUUAGAGCGCACUUGAGCGCGUCAGUGAGGCGGUAGUUAAGUGCGCGGGGGUGAAGCAAGGCCGCGGCGAUAAAUUCCGAUAAAGGUGUGCGGCUUAUUGGAUUGUUGUUGCGCUGAAAUAUAGGAAAAUAUUUUUUUUAUUAACAGCUGAAAAGAAAAGUGCAGCUAAGAAUUUUUAAAAGUGCUUAAAUAAGUAUUACUGCGCAAAAACAACAACAUUUUAUGUACAUAGAUAUAUGUCUCUACAAGCUUGUUCAACUUUGCUCGCGUAAGACGCUGCUGCACAAAAGCAAUUCGUUAUAAAAAAAUAUUAUCAAAACUGCCAGAGCGAACUUUCCGCGUCCGUGCAUGUCGGCGAUAAGAUAAAACACCGUUAGCACGUACUUAAAAGCGAGUAAAUCGAGCGUGUAAAUUAAGCGCUUGUCAACGAAAGUCAAUUACAUGCAAUUUCGCAAUUUCUUUGUGUUAGUUGGUGCUCAGAAAAAUAAAAAAAAAUUCAAAAAAGUUCAUAAAAAUUUUAAAAAUAAAUCCAAAACCAACACACUAAAAUACAACAAAAUUGUGCAAAAAGUGUAAAUAAAAAUACAAAAAAUUAUAAACAGCAAAAAAAAAUACAUUUUAUGACCCAAAAGUCCCCAACAGCCACGAAACUAGCAGCCAGCGAGCACUUAUUUGCUAUCUUAUCACCACGACUUCGAGCAAAAGCAAACUGUCGAUAAGGCAUUGAGUUAUGAGCCAAUUGGUAGAGUGAACAACGGUACGAACGAAGUAAAGCGCCUGCAAGUUGUUCGCCAAGUCGUCGUAAAAUACCAAUAAUUCCGCAAUCACUCCCAGUUGCCCUUGAAGUGCUGCAGCCGUCCAGCAGUAGUCGUGUGAACUAAUUAAAAUGGCGCAGAGGCAGCGCUGCAGUUCGUCUUACGCAACGACAUUUGCGAAAAAUUGCGAAAAUAUUUCAUAAAUAAUUUUUUUAAUACUUUUUUGUGAUUGCGUAUACGCCCUAGUGCACCGACUUAUUUGUGAAUUGCUAAGGGAAGAGCAAGUGCUUGAAAAAAGUACGUGUUGCUAGCGCGUUUUAAGGUUCUAAAGCAGACUUGUGAACGCACAAAUAUACUGGCAUACAAACUUAGAGACACACAAACAUACAAACAUACAAACAUCUAUCUAUCGCUUACCAAUUGUGGGAAUUAUUGCAAAAGCUUACAUUCCAUGCUACACACUGCUUGCCCAAGCAACGAACAAAUCUAGACACACGAGCAGAAAAGUGGAUGGCACAUUGUUUGCCCAUAAACGUGCUAUCAGCUGCAUACUUACUUCAGCGCGCAUGCGUAUGUGUGUGUAUAUAUGAAAGUGCACUCGCGCACGCAAUAACUUCGAACGGUUAUAAAUGUCAGUGCGAUUGUGUGUGACUGUGCGAAAAGAAUAAGCAAUAAAGUUUUAUACAAACGCAGCACAGCUAGCGUGCAAGAGCAGAGGUAGGCAAGAAGAGGGGGGGAAAGAAAAUAAUUGAAAAUCACUGCAAAUGGGCUUAAAGUGUUGCGGCGCAAAUUCUUCUUAGAAAAUGUUGAGCUAUCAUUGUGGCUAAAUAAGGCUUUGAACAACAGCAACAACAACAAAAAAUAAAAGAAAAACAACAGCAACAGCUAUACAGUUAGAGUCUAAUAACAAAAACAAUAAAAUAACAACAACAAAAACAAUAACAACAACAACAAAAAAUAAUAACAAUAACAAAAACAACAAUAAUAAAAUACACUGCGACACAAUAAUAAAAACAACAAAACUAAUAAGUACAACAAAAACAACAACAAGAAUAAAAACAACAACAACUACAAAAACUAUCAACAAGAGCAGCAACAACGUUAACAACAACAAAAAUAUUAACAACAACAAAAACAUUAACAACAACAACAUCACUACACUACAACAAAAACAACACCAAUCACAACAGUGCAUCGCCUUAAAUCGCAGCAAGAAAAGAAGAAAAUAAAUGCAAGCGUUUUAAAAAUAACAACAGCAACGCGUAAGCGCAACAGUAAAGCAUCGUUAGACGCGCAAACAAAAAAUAAAAAUAAUAAAAACAAACAACAUUGCAGGCAACGCCGCAACAAAGUAGCUGCUACUGUCAAUGUAUUCCAUAAAAUAUUUCCACACUAUCUAACAAAUCACAAAUCAGUGUAUACAAAAACAAAAACAAAUAUAUAUAAUUGCGCCGCACAGUGUUUCGUGUACAACAACAGCAAUAACAACAUAAUAUUCUCAACGCGACAACAUUUUAAGCGGGCAGCGACAAACAAGCAGUUUGAGUCACAACACCAAAAUGGAUAUAGAAUCAGACGACUCGGAACGCUGGGAGGACUUUUUUGGCAGCUCCACAGAAUUGGCACCAUCGCUUUUGGGCAUCUACGACACCUUGACGAGUGCGCUCGAGGCUAGCAACAAAAAUACAAACGAUAACAUUAACAACAAUAAUAAUAGUAACAUAAAUCAGCAGAACAGCAGUGGCGAAAAUAUAAAAAUAAGCGAAAACGGCGACGAGAACGCCUACAGCAUUGACGAGCAUUCUAACGGUAAUGUAAGCAUUGCAAGCAAUCACAGCGACUCACCGACGCUCAGCAAUAAGAGUAGUCGCAGUUCAAGUUUCAGCGCAGAGGAAAAGUUAAGCGCCGAAUAUAGUUUCCAUAUAGACGGUUACAACAACAACAAUAACAAUAAUUGUAGCGACAGCAACAGUAAUAAGAGUAAUUGUUACGCUGUAGGGGAAGAGCGGCAGCAACCUUCACAUUCGCCUUCACCUGCGCUACCAAAGCGACAGUUAAACGAACAGUCCCCAGAGAUCGGAACUUUUUUGAGUGCUUCUACUGACAGCGGCUUUGGCGGCGGUCGCAACACCACGCUUGCUUUGCUCAACCUCGCCUAUAGCAACAGCCACAACAACAGCUUUCACGGCGUCCACAAUCACAACAUAAAACACACUUACAGUGCGAGUAGUCGCAGUCUCAAUUCGCUCUCAUCGUCGUCCUCGUGCAGUCAACGCAGUAGCAGCAGCGGCAGUGGAAGCGGCAGCGGUAGCGCAUGUCAUAAUAGCCCAACAGGCUCACGCUUGUCGCGCGAAACGCCAUUCGUCCACAGCUCGGGCAGCGGCGGCAGUCUCAACAGCCCCAGCAAACAUCGCAAUCAAAUACGCAUACUGUCACCCAAUGUCCAGCGCAUAAUUACACACUCUGAUGCGGAGCGCGUGGAAACUGUGGACAUAGACGCGCUACAGCAACAACCCACACACUUGACGAGUCCAACACAAUCGCCAGCGCUGCAUCACCGGUACGUGAAAAAAGCGCCACCACCAAGCGCGACUUCAACGCCGAACAGCAUACACAAAGUAAAGCUCUCACAUAUACCGCUCUCUAAGAUUACCGGGAAGUUAACGCAGUCGGGUAGCGAAUUAGUUGAGACCUUCGAUUCCAGUUCCGAGUACUUAGAUGCGCUCAACUUUCACUCGUAUACUGAGGCGAAGCCCGCGCGCGGUCUAAAGAAGCCACCGACGCCGGCUGUAGUUGCCAUACCGUGUUUGGAGGGUUCUACUGGCGAUGGUGAGGUUACACCGACAAAUCAAAAUACCUCAGCCGUAAAAACGAACGAUUCCCUUGGCGCUUUCAACUUUAGCGCAAACUACAAGUUAUCACUGCCGAAUUAUGAACGCCAAGAAAGUAUUAAACUAAUUGAAAUGGAGCAAUUGGCCACCACAUCGCAAAUGUUAACUGCCGCAUGUGCACCGCCGCCACCAACCAGCUUGCCACUGGCGGUGGAACACCAACAAAAUCACAAUCACAAUAAUAAUAAUAUAAACAACAAUAAUAAUAUCUCUAGCGCGCUCAAUACACCACCACCAAUACCAUCCAAAGAGUUUAUCGCCACUGCACCUUUGUCACCCUCUGAUUUUGUAGAGACUUUGAACUAUCCGCUAAUCACAAAAGACCUCGCAUCGCUUACACUCAAUGAAAAGGACAGCAUGAACUCAUCCAUGACAAGUGUUGAACUCAUCGAAGCUAUUAAUAAGCCAGUGAUCUCUAAACCUUUAGUGCGCAGCUCGUCGGCAGCCUGUGCCUCAACUGUGUCCGGUUCACCGAUGCUCACCUAUGCGCGCUCUAAAAGCUUGGCAGCGAAGGCCAAUACUUUGGGCGGUGCAGUACCAAUAAAAUUGCCCACUGCACAGCAGUUGGAAGAGCUUGAGGAGGCGAGCAAAAUGUCGGCGGAGAGCUUAGAUCGCCUAACUGAUAUUAAGUCAAAGUUUUCGCCAAAAGAGUCACGCAAAGGUGGUCCAAUGCUGCCAGAGAUUGCCAAACUCAAACAUCGUCCGCUUUCUUCGUCUUCCAUUUGCUCAACAUCGUCUAGUUCUAGUUCCGGUUCGGAUCAUCUGAAUGGCAAGCUGGCCACAUCGUAUUUGGCGAGUGUUGAGAGUCUGGCCGAUCAAAGUGAGAAUGAACUUAUGGAUCCGCAUAGUGGUAUGACAGUUUUAGAGCGCGCUAUGCUAGAGAUAGUCGACUCUGAACGCAGUUUUGUGGAGGACUUGGGGCAGGUCAUAAAAGGUUAUCUAUCGGAUUGGAGGGAACGUGCCUGCCUACGUUAUGACGAACUGAAAAUACUCUUCUCAAAUAUUGAAGAGAUUUAUGAGUUCAACUCGACGCUCCUGAAGCAGUUAAUCAACUCUGGUAUGGACCCAGGAAAAAUAGCGAAAUGUUUUAUAGAAUUGCGCGAAAGAUUUGAUGUAUACACAACAUAUUGUACAAGUUAUCCUGAAGCCAUAUCACUGCUGACCAAACUGUUACAGGCCACACACACCAACGCACUGCUGACGUCCACACAAAAAAUGUUGCAACACAAAUUGCCACUCGGCUCAUAUUUGCUGAAGCCGGUGCAACGUAUACUUAAAUAUCAUCUGCUAUUGGACAACCUUCGUAAGCAUUGCGAUGUGAAGGAAGUGUUGCAAGCCUACGAAAUCAUGCGGCAAGUGGCGCGUAAUAUCGAUCAGGUGAAGCGUAAGUUGGAGCAACAAAUCAGAGUUAAAGAACUGUCUGGCAUAUUGGACGGUUGGUUGGGACCAGAACUCACCGUUUUGGGCGAACUCCGCCAAGAGGGUCUCCUCAUGGAACACAAUAAGCCACGCAUGGUCUUCCUUUUCGACACGAUGCUGAUAAUUACUAAGUCCAAAGAGGAUAAUCGUCUGCAAUUCAAGAGUUACAUACACCAAAAUAAUCUAAUGCUAAGCGAACAUUUACCCGGCGAACCGACGAGCUUUUAUGUAAUACCCUACCAUGAGCCGCGUAAUCAAAUCAAAUUGACAGCCAAAAAUCGUGACCAGAAACGUCUCUGGGCGCAACACAUUAAAGGAGUCAUACUCGAGAAAUUCGACAACAUACCAAAUCGCGCCAAGGAGUUGGUCUACAAGUUGGGCGAUGAGGAAGACCGCACACCGGACAAGAAUACCUGGAAGUGGAGUCUGCACUCGACUUCGACAACGCCCGUUUACUUGGAGCGACGCAAUCAGUACCGACGCAGCGAGAUACGCAAAUGUUCGAAAUUCAAACGGAAGACCGUCACCAAUUCCACAUCCUUUGAUAGCUUCAAUGAACUCGCCGAAAACGCAGCACGUGAAAUACCAACAACUACAACAACUGAAAAUGAGUUAGCGGUAGCGAAAGAGGGCAAACCGCUGGCACGCACCAACAGCAUCGAUGAUAACAUGUUGCCUGCGUUGCACAAACUCGCCGCGGUCAUUAAGAAUAAAGGCAAAGCCGAUGAGGCAAGCGCUGUGAAGUCUGAUAACGCGGAUAGCGGCAGCGGCAAGGAGGUGAAACAAAAUGCCACUGCGAAGGAGGAGCUGACCAGCUGCAUAAUGCGUGAUCAACGACGCAGCGCAUGCGCUUCGCCCAAGUCACCGCUAUUCGGUUUGAAGGCGCUGAAGGAGCGCAGCAAGUCGGUGCCGCGCAUUAGUUUCCAGUGUGAAGAUUUAGAUGAGGAGAACGAGUCGCUGCACGGUAGCAAUACCAAUCUCGAUGCACGCAAAUCCAAAUCAAGCAAGUCAAUUGAGGUGAAGCAAUACAACCACAAGACGAUACCCAAACGCAUUGCCACGUUGAAGAAGCAACGCACUGGCAAAACAAAGGAAACCUCCAAGUUCUACAUGGAUUUGAGUGAAUUCGAUGAUGCGCCCAAAACUGAGCUAAAGAUAACCGAGUCGACAGAAAAUCUACUAGAAGAGAAACAAGCGGUUGACAGCAGUAGCGCGCAGAAAGAUGCAAAGACGGUUACGCAGAAUCUUGACAGCAUACAAAUGCAGCUGGAGAAGCAAUGCGAGGAGCUGUUGACAACGUUGAAGAAGAAGGACGCAGAUAUAAUAUUGGAUCUAUUGAAACAGAAUAAGGAGUUCGAGCGCAUAGCGAAGAAGAAACAGCAACGCAAACGCUCAGAGCAGGGUGGUAGCGGUGGUAGUGGCAGCGGUAGCGCGCCGGGCAGUCCUGAGUCGCCAGACUAUCCGCUGCUCAAUGAGUUGCCGCCGCGCCCGCCAUCGCGCUCACCGCCGCCACUCGAGUCUGAGUGUGAGCCAGCUGCUAACGAUACGCGCCAAGCCACGCCAGACGAAGAAGACGAUGUGGAGCCUAUUUACGAGUCACUGCUGCGCAAUGUACACGUGCCGUAUAAAUUCUCGCCGGUGCUAGGUCGUUCAGUAUCAACGCAGCAGUGCAAGACACGCGAGCGCAAAUCACCACCAACGCCGCGUCCAGAAUCGGAUUAUGUCACACUAGUUUACUCGCCAGAAGGCGCGCUGCAAAAAGUUGGCAACGAAAUGCUGGCAGAGCGUGCUAGCAGCGGUGAGGCGCAACUGCGUCGCGAACCAAUUGAAGUGCCGCCGCUGGAUCAACGCGACAGCUCUGGCUCUUCCACGUCUUCCUCGACCUGCACGCUUAAACGCGACAGUCAGAAUACAGUCAUCAAUGUUGAGUGCGCUUCAGCUAGCAAUAUUUCAAUGAUCUCCAACAACACCAGCAAUUCGCACAGUGAAGCUAUCUACGCGCGCCCAAUACCAAAGAAUUUAAUGAAGCGUUUAUUUAGCACCAGCGCACACACCGCCAUCGGCAUGGGCAGCAAAUCGUCGCAUGAGAAUAUAUCCUCAUCGCACAAUUCUUUAUUGCCGCGUGCGCGCAAAUCCAUCGAUAAUAUCGCGCUCAGUUUUGGACGCUCCAACAAACCGCCCGAGCGACGCGUCUCCGACGUAACUGAAAUGUGUCGUCAAAGCAUACUGCACCGGCAGGGCAGUGAAGCGGUGGGCGAGCGCAUGGCACACGUGGACUACGCCGAUCCGCGUACACUCUUCACCGUCAACGUCAACACCAGCUCCGAUGCAUCGCUGCAACGCGAUUCCGUCUUCUCGCUCACCUCUUCCAAUGAUAGCGUUUGCGAUCAGAAGCGCGCCGCCAGCUCAACGCUAAGCAGCGAUGCCAGCAACUCUGAUUUCGUGUAUGAAGACAACGUGGAGGCUUGUCUGGAGAAUGACUUCCGUGACUCGGCCAUUUAUAGUGAUGAUAAUGAGAAGCGCGCGGAUUAUGAGUCCAGCGACGGCAUUAAGCGUCCGAGCAGUCCACCACCGCCGCCUCCACCAGCGCGCAAUCGCAGCAACCCCGAGGUGCCGCCCAAGCCAACUGGCAUACCGCGCGUCAACAUCAGUAAAGUGGCGUCGCCGCGCAAGGAAUUGCCAGCGCCGUCACCCUUAAUUGGCGCCGAGGCGCAAUGCUUUGCUGGCAAGCCUGCGCAUGUUGUCAUCUGCCCGCCGCACAUGAGCGCGGCGGCGUCGCGUAGUUGGGUGCUGCAGCAAAUCGAUAAUUUCAAUAAGUAAGGCGGCGCGGAGCGUGCGCUGUACUUAGAUUUUGUAGACUUGCGCGCUUUGUUUGCCAUAAAUAGUUGAACGACAGAUUCUUAGUGUUUUACGCGCAUGCACAUAUUUCACAUACAUACAUACAUAAAUAACCAUAGCACUUACAUUUUUCCAUACAAAAAUAUAUCUACUUAAAAUAUUAAAAUACAAAAUUAUAUUUAAUAACAAAAAAUAUUUUUACCUUGUUGACUGUUGAACGCCAAUAUGCUUACAGUAUAUUUCUAAUGCUUACUUAAUUAUUAUAUAUUAAAAAAAUAUAUUUUUACGAAAAUUAUAUAUUAUAUAUUUACACUCGCUCGCAUUUGUACAUUUCGUAUAUUAAGUUAUUUUAAUGCAGACAUUUAAGUAUCUUAUUUAACUUUAAGCAGCGGCUUUGCGGCGUCUAUUGUGCAUUAAUAUUCGGUAGAACAUACAUAUAUAUAUAUAUAUAUAUAUAUGUGUAUGUAUAUUUACGUCAUUUUAGAUUUUUUGAUUUUUCUAUUUUGUGUUUUUAUGAAACACAUAAUUUUCCAGCGCUUUUUAGUGGAAAAAAAUUAAAAAAUUAUUAAUUAUUAUUGUAUUGAAACGAAAAUUAAAAAAAAAAUAAAACAAAAAUUAUAUAAAAAUAACAAAAAAUCUAUAAAAAUAACUAGAAAUAUAUAAAAUAUCGAAAUCGACCGCAUCUCGGUAGUCUGUCUGCCCACAUUUAAUGCAACGUUAGCGAAAAAAUGUUUGGCGCGCACAUUUUUACAGUAUAUACACGUAUAUAUGAACUACUCAAUUUAUUAUGUAAUAUUUAAAAUGUAAUACGAAAUGUCGAUUAUACUGAAGUUUAUGCAUUUUUAAGAAGUUUUGUAAUUCCGAUGAAACUUAAAUAUUUAUAAACAUAUUUAGCGAAUUGUUCAAAA